CCCUCACUCUCCCUUAAGCAAAGCGACAAUGGCGACUUCCCUGCUUUCACUCUCCUUUUUCCUUAUCUCUUUCCCCUUUCUCCCCAUCCAAACAAUACUUUCUUCUUCGACAGAUGCCUUCGUCUUCGGGGGCUGCACCCAACAAAAAUACACACCCGACUCACCCUACAAGUCCAACCUCAACUCGCUGCUCACUUCCCUGGUUAACUCAGCCACUUACUCUUCCUACAACAACUUCACCAUCAUGGGUUCCAGUCCCCAAGAUGUCGUCUACGGCCUUUACCAGUGUCGCGGGGAUCUUUCGAUGCCGGAUUGCGCCACCUGCGUCGCCCGCGCCGUGUCGCAAACCGGGUCCUUAUGCCCCAGCGCGUGCGGUGGCGCGGUCCAGCUGCAAGGCUGCUACGUCAAGUACGACAACGCCACGUUCCUGGGAGUUGAAGAUAAGAAUGUGGUGACGAAGAAGUGUGGGCCGUCGGUGGAGUAUGAGAAGGAGUCGGAGAUUGUGGGGCGGAGAGAUGCAAUGAUGGCGGUGUUGGAGGGCGGAGGAGGGUUGCUCAGAGUAGGUGGGUCGGGGGAAGUUCAGGGUUUGGCCCAAUGCGUGGGGGAUCUCAGCUUAGCUGAGUGCCAGGAUUGUUUGUCGGCCGCCAUCCAACGGCUGAAAGCAGAAUGCGGCGCCGGUGCUUAUGGUGAUAUGUAUUUAGGCAAGUGUUAUGCUACGUUCACCACUUCUGACUCUCGAGGUGAUGAUCACUAUUAUCCCAAAUCCCAUAAUGAUAAAUCUAGGAUGGACGGUGAGAAGACAUUUGCAAUUAUCAUUGGAUUAUUGGCUGGGAUCGCUCUGCUCAUAAUUUUCCUUGCUUUCCUAAGAAAAGUGGUGGACCGAAAUGGUAAAUAAGAGUCCAACUUUUCCCCAGAAUUGAUUUGCUUUUAUUCUUUUUUUGCUUUACUUUUUCAUUCAUGAUGUCCGACUUUUUUUUUUCUUCCAAAAAGAGAGCGUGCACAAUGCAAAGUUAUAAAGGAAAAAAGAGCUAAGAUUCCACUUCACAAAGCUGGCUUUUUCUUGUAUUGUCUUAAUGUCAAGAAAGCAUUGCUGUUGUUGAUGUAAAUGGUGUUUUUUUUGUGAUUUUGUUUGUGCAUGUAUUCAUCUUUUUCCUUACUUUGCCC